AUGGCAACCUCUGUGCCGAAUCCAAAAUUAUCUAUUCAUUCUCGUUCCAUUAGUUUGCCUUCUAUAUCUCACCCUCUUAUCGUGACUGCUGAGGAACAUCUUGAAAGAUUGAAGUCAUCAGGAGCCGCAUCCUCAACUUCACAUUCAUUGGCAUGCCAAAAAUUGGACGGCCUCAAGAACUUGUACGAGUGUCUAGACGAUGUGCUUAGGCUUCCUUUGAGUCAACAAGCUCUCUCCAGUGAAAGACUUGGAAAAUGGGAAGAAGAGGUCUUGGAUGGAUCUCUCAGGCUGUUGGAGAUCUGUGGGGCAGUCAGAGACAUCUAUUCACAGAUGAAGGAAAUUUUGCAGGAACUCGAGUCAUCUCUAAGGACGAAACGAAGUGAAGAUUUGGCCAAUGAAGUCAGUUCAUAUAUGAUCUGCAAAAAGAACUUGAAUAAAAUGAUAAGAAAAUGCUACAAAGAAUUCAAGAAAUCAGGGAAGGACUGCAACGUGGAAGUGGAAAACAGAGAUUCUGAAAAUGCUCCUUUGGUCAACCUGGUAAAAGAAGUUCAAGCAAUUAGUCUUCCAGUGUUGGAGUCUGUUCUAUGUUUCCUUUCUGGACCAAAGGCAGGGUCACAACCAAAAGGUUGGUCCUUGGUCUCAAAUUUACUACAGCAGAAGAGAGCAUCACGCAAAGGAGAUUCUGACAUCGCAGCAAUCGAGCAAAUAGAAAUCAAGUUGCAUCUCUUGAACAACAAUAAGUCAAAAAAGGAUGUACUUCAAAAACUUGAGGCAGUAGACUCUAGCAUUGCAGAAUUAGCAGAGAUACUAGAAAUUGUUUUCAGGCUUUUGCUGAAAACCAGAGUUUCACUUCUCAACAUUCUCAACCACUAG